AUGGUGCUUGGGAGCAUUUACUCUGUUUUAAUAACUAUUAGCCAAUUACCAUUCAACAGAGGUAACGAUCAUGAUCACCAUCACCUUCGUCCACCAAACAGAAAAGAUUUAUUAAACAUUUCAGGAGUGCAGUGCAUGGAUAUUAAUAACAGUAGCCAUGUUGACUGUAUCAGCCUUGGAGAAUCAAAUGAGCAUUACUGGGUUGUGCUAAAAGAGACUCGGACCAAACACUGUGACAAAGAGCCCUACAGUACUAAAAAUGAUUGUUUAAUAAUUUUUAAAAAUGACAUGUGGUUACAGAUGAGGACAACUUACAAUUCUGUCUGUGAAAAGCAUGGUGACAACUACAACUGGUUCUUGUACGUCCCACUACAUUUGCUGUCAUUAACAAAAAAGUACCUGUUGCCUGCUAGGGCUUUAUCACAACUUUUCCAUCUGGGCCUCACUAUAAAUGGCGACCUUCCAUACCUGAUUGUGGAAGGAGAAAUUGUCAAGUACAGUUUGAAAGACAGCCUUCUCGGCAAGUCUGAGAAGUGUGCAGAUCGAAGUGUGAUUUGGAAGUUAUCUGAAGACAUUCAGCUGGCACUCAGCCUCAAAUAAGCUGGAGUUCUUGCAGAAAAUGCAGAGGAUUUUGAAGGAAGAGUUGUAUUUAAUACAAAACCAUUUGCACAUCUUAUUCAAGGGACAAUGUGUAAUAAUCCUCAGCAAGUAGUAGAAGGCUGCUCUUCAGGUAUGGCUAUUACUCUUAAUGGACCAGCUCCCAGAAAGAUGAUAGUAAUGAUGCAUGGUGUGCACUAGCUCAGGGUUCAUUAUUUCAACAGUACACUGGUUUUCUUACCUCCAAAUGGUUCAGAAAAUGACUGA